GAACGCACCACGCCUGUCUGCUCUCUAGUUACAGUAUGGCGGCUGGGACUUGCGGAGGAGGACAACUUCUUCUAGAUUCCUUCCAGAAAACUGUGGGAAGGCGACGGCUUUAACUUGUAACCGUCACCGCGAGCGCGACCGGGACUGAGAUACGAGACGACCGCGCAACUUAUGGCGUUUGCCGAGGUUUCUCCUGGAAGAAAAUCGGGCUGGUGUGAUGCGUGAGGAGCCGCAGUCAAGAAACUCCCCUGAUUUUUCCGCGUCUGUUUCUGCCCUGACUGUCAGUUAGCCGGCUAGCUGCUUGGUAGCGCACCACCUUCAUGCUAACGUUCGCUUGCAGGGCUCUGUAGUAGCCAAGAGACGGGCUAGCUUGCUGCUUUUAUUUGCUCCAGGAGACAGGGAUGGCAUUUCGCCUCCAUUUGGUAAGCGAACUGGUUGAGAAGGGUGGGGAGAGAACGUUUGCGGACCUUCAUGAUAAGUUUGUCAGCACUCAUUAGCAUCGCCUAGCCUAGCUUGCUGGUACAACGCCAGAAAACGUUGGCCGAGAAGUUAGCGCUCUGCCUGUCCACUAGCGAGCUAGCCAAUUAGCAUUUUAGUUGCACAAGAAGACCUGCUAAUCCCUCGCUCAUCCCGGCUGAGUGUUUUGAAGCCUCUGCACUAACUGAUUCAGACUGAACGGCAUUAGUUGACCAACCUUAAUUGAUUAAUAACUCAGGGGUGUUUUUUUUUUUUGCGUUCAGUCUUGCUAGGUGUCGUUAGCGGUCUUAUAGGUGUUCUCUAGAGGGAGUGGUAACGUUAGGUAGCUAGCUAAGGUUCCCUGUAUCAGGGCAACAAUGUCACUCAGAUUAUGACAAGCUGUAAAUGACGAUUGAAUUACAGAUGACACAUUUCUAAACGCCGAACGUGUGUAAACCGACUGGCGUGUUGCACAUUGGGGUGUGUGCCCGUUGUUAGCUUGCUGCAAGACAAGACUUGACACAACUAGAAAGCGCGCUAUAAUUUGGUUAACUGCACCCGAUAGACAUUAGAUGGAUGGUUUCCUUGACUGAAAACUGAUUCGAUCAGUGGUCAUAAUUGGCGUGAGCUGUUUCUAUCUGUGUGGACUGAAAGACCAAGUCAGGUGGUUGACUGGCUUCCCUCUCCUGCUUCAGUGCUGGAGUAGUUUGAUGGACGUGGGAGGCUGUUUGCCAGACUGUCAGAGCUAUACUCAGUCAUGUAUGUCUUGACACAUGGCACCCUGGUCUGUACAUAGUGCCUGCUGUCAAAAGUGAAGUUAUGUAGCUUUGGUGGACAGUCAGUGAAAGGGAAUGUCUUGUCUUUUUUAUACCUGUUGUUUUUUUUAUGUUCAUUUUUUUCAUACACAGGGGAGUCUUGUUGAAUCAAAGUGGGAAAGCGGUGCAGCCUCGGCUGUGUACAGUGGACAAUGUGUAUUAGUUAGUGCCUAGAAGAUUAGAGGACUAACAGCUCUGCCUACAGAAACAGUAGGCCACAAAUAUAUUAGAUUAUUCAUUGGGGAUUGCAACAGAAGCCCGCCAUUCUGGAUCAAGAAAACCUGUCCCUCGUGUCUGGUUGGAGUAAUACUCUGAAGCCAAAAUCAAUGCCUUCAGCGCUGGCCGUGUUCGCCUGCCGACCCAACUCGCACCCAUUCCAGGAGCGGCAUGUGUACCUGGAUGAGCCAGUCAAGAUCGGCAGGUCUGUGGCUCGGUGUCGCCCAGCCCAGAACAAUGCCACCUUCGACUGCAAGGUGCUGUCCAGGAAUCAUGCCCUGGUCUGGUUCGACCACAAGACUGGCAAGUUCUACCUGCAGGACACUAAAAGCAGCAACGGGACGUUCAUCAACAGCCAGAGGUUGAGUCGUGGCUCAGAGGAGAGUCCGCCCUGCGAGGUUCUCUCCGGCGACAUCAUUCAGUUUGGCGUCGACGUCACUGAGAACACCCGCAAAGUCACUCAUGGCUGCAUUGUGUCAACAAUCAAACUCUUCCUACCUGAUGGGAUGGAGGCACGCCGACGAAGCGAUGUCAUCCAGACUCCGUUACCACUACCUGUAGACAAGGUUGCAGCCAACACUCCCAGUAUGUAUUCUCAGGAACUGUUCCAGCUCUCCCAGUAUCUACAGGAGGCCUUACACAGAGAGCAGAUGUUGGAGCAGAAGCUCGCCACUCUGCAGCGUCUGUUAGCCAACACUCAGGAGGCCUCAGAGAGCAGCUGGCAGGCUCUGAUUGAUGAAGACCGUCUGCUCUCCAGACUGGAGGUGAUGGGCAGUCAGCUACAGGCUUACUCCAAGUCCCAGACAGAGGAAGGGAUGCGUAAGGAGCUCCUGGCUCUUCAGGAGGACAAACACAACUAUGAGACGACGGCGAAAGAGUCUCUGAGGAGAGUCCUGCAGGAGAAGAUCGAGGUGGUCAGGAAGCUGUCAGAGGUGGAGCGCUCGCUCAGUAACACAGAGGAUGAGUGCACACACUUGAAGGAGAUGUCUGAGAGAGGCCAGGAGGAGCUGAGGGAGCUCGCCAACAAGUACAACGCUGCCGUCAAUGAAAUCAAAGAGCUCACUGACAAGAUUAAGGCGGCUGAGGGCCGACAGGAGGAGCUGACCCAGCGGGGGGCGACGGAGAAGAGGGAGUUGGAGCUGCGGAUCGAGGAGAUGGAGGAGAAGGAGCAGGUUCUCCAGGCUCGCAUCGAAGCUCUGCAGGCCGACAACGACUUCACCAACGAGAGGCUCGCCGCCCUCCAGGUGCGGUUAGAACAGCUACAAGAGAAAAGUACUAAAGAGAACAACAGUCUUGAUGACGACAUUGUCUCCCAUGGACCAGUAGAGGAGCCUAUCGAGGACAAACAGAGCCAGCAGACACCUGAGAGCCAGGAGGAAGAGGAGGAUGAGGAGGAUACAGACACAGAUGAUGGUGCAGUUGGAGAAGAUGAAGACAUUCAUGACAACUGUCACGUUAACAACAGUGGAGGAGACUCGACUAGAAUCCAACAGUUGAUUGAGUGUCCGCCCGUCAAACAGCUGAAGGAGACUGUAAGCUCUUCAAUCCACAAACUGGCCAACUUUGAUGAAGUGAUGGACGCCCACCUACAGAACAACCAGACGGCAGAGGACGACAUCCUGGCCAGUCCCGAUCGACUCAAAGGGAAUCAGAUGGAUGCCAAAGAGUCAGACAUGUCAGACACUCUCAGUCCCAGCAAAGACCGCAGCAGUGACGACACAUCAGACGGCAACAUGGACGACCAAGAGUUAAAUGAACCACAGAACAGAGUAGCUCUGCUUAAAGCGGAGUUGCAUCGGGCCGGUCUAGAGCCUGGAGACACGGAGCAGGUCAUCCACCAUCUCCACAGAGAGCUUCUGGAGGCCCAGGAAUUAGCCAACACUGGCAAGCAGAGAUGUCUAGAGUUACAAGCUCUGCUGGAGGACGAAAGGAGGAAUAACUCUCAGCAGACUGAAGAGUCGACCAAACAGAUCCAGUACCUGCAGACUCAGCUCGGGAAGCUGCAGGCUGACAUGGAGGCACUGAGGGAGCAGAGGGAGAGCACCAUCUGCACCACCAGAGAGGAGCUCUACUCCGCCCAGGAGGAGAUUCUUGUCCUGCGGCACGCCAUGGAGGCAGCCACGACGGAGCGGGAGCGGGAGAUCGCUGCCCUGCAGGCCGACCUGGGCGGCGUGCGAUCUGAGCUGGAGCACUGGAGGAGCACGGCCUCCAAAUACGAGGAGGAGAUCAGCCGGCUGCAGGAGGCCUUCACACAGCAGCAAAAGCAGCACAACAGCGCCAACCAGCUGCAGGGUGAGCUGUCGGAGUGUGUUACGUUGCAGCAGCGGUGUGUGUGUUUGCAGCAGGACUGUGACGCCCUGAGAGCUGAACGGACAUCUCUGACGGACAAACUGCACCGUCUGGAGACAGAGCUGAGCAGCACCAGGGAGCAGAGUCAGGUCCUCAGCAGCAGUCUGGAGUCUCUGGAGAAGAGGGAGGAGGUUCUGCAGGACAAACUGGGUUCUCUGGAGAAUCAACACCUGCAGGACGCAAGCAGGCUGAAGACCCAGCUGGACCAGGCCCAGGCCCACACACACACACUGCAGAGAGAGUAUGAAGACACGCAGUCUCAGCUGCUGGACCUCCGUCAGCGCUACGAGAGGACAGAGAAGGAGAAGCUGAACAUCCACCAGGAGCUGGAGCAGUGCAGGAGCAGCCUGAAGCUGCUGCAGGACAAGACCAGCUCCCCAUCCAUAUUGCAGCCUGUCCAAGCCAUAUUCAUUGGCCUUGUCCUGGCUCUGCUCUACUGGUGUUUCGGCCAGUUGUGGUAGAAAGAGCGGCUGGAGCCCCUGGAUGCCGGUCAUCGCAGUGAUGGUCGCCGUGACGGCAGCCGUCCUCUACCCCAACCUCUCCAAGAGCAGCUCCACCUAGGACACACACAAACACCACACACACACACACACAGAGAGAGCGCUGUGAGGAGAGCAUCACUGCUUUACUUGUAUAAAGUCUAAUUGUACAUAAUUGUAGAGGGAAUAUAAAGGUUGUGGUUUCUACAGAGGAUUCAGAUGCUUCUUGGUUUAUUUUGUUUUUUGUGUGUUUUAUUUUUCUGCGGCGGGGAGAAUUGUUUUUAUUCUCGGCUCUCUCUCGGCUGUGGUGGGGGCUUUUUUUUUUUUUUUGGUUUUUGUCUCUCUGCUGAUUUCUGGGUAACAAAACGUUCUCCAGCAGGCCAAUCUUGACGUUCACGCCCGUCCCAUCGUACACGGACGGGACGGAGUCGAACAAAACGCUUUCCAGCAGCUUCAGUCCAGUCGGGGAACACGAUCGAUGUUCAUCACUGAAAACAGGCGGGUAUGUUGUUUGCUGAUGGAGCGUCUCCAAAAGUACUGAUGGAUUUGAUCGGCUUUUGGAAUCAGUUAGCAGACUGACUGACUGGGCUGCAGUCAGUUUGUUUCACCUUCAGCACUGAAGAACAGCUCCUCAGUGUCUGUACUGAGAAACGUGCUCGUCCUGCUCUCAAACCACCUCCAAAUUCAGCUUUAAUUCAAAUCUUCUGCUCUCACCUGCAUCCUAAAAAAUGUCUCUGCUAAGAGUCAUCUGUCAAAGCAGCUUUUUCAAAGCACUGUCAUUCAUUUUCGGAUAAUAACUGCUCAUAUUUAAAGCCAGGGAACUGUUAAACGCUCAUUCGUUUGGUGAUAUGCACCACUAAGGCAAAUUAGAAACUGUAAUAAGAACGGCCCUCACAUCUGUUACCAGAUUUUAAGCUGCUGUUGUUUCGAUGGGCCGUCUGCCAAAUAUAAGUUUAAUAGCUCCAGUAUUCAAGUUGAUGAUGUGCCGACAUGGUGCAUAUUCUUAAAGAGUCAAUAUAUAACAAUUUCAGUUCAAACAUUCAUAAACUAACUAAGAUGAUCAACAGAAUGUGAAGCAGUGUUGGUGUUAACAUAAUGUCAAAGACGUCUGUGUGUUGUGUUAAGAGAUAUCAGCUGAAGUUAGCAUGCUAACAGCUAGCUGCACAGCUAACUGAGCUAACAGUAGAAACAGUCAUGGACGUACAUUCGUUACCACACACUUGUAAAGAACAUGUACAUCAUGGUGGCUCUCAGGCAGGAACACAAACUACUCUGCUACAGACGUUUGGUUCAGCAAUGAAUUUAUUAUUGGUCUUCUGAAAAUAAGUUUGGCUGAUGUCCCCUGACCAACUUUCAGCUGAAUUAGGUGCUUCUGAUGGCCAUCUGAAAGCUUCUGGCCGGAUUUCUAACCACAGAAUCUGUCCAGUCCAACUAAAUUUGUUAGCUUCCUGGCUCAGACCGGUUUCCUCACACAGCCCACUCGUUCAACUCAGGACUUUGGGACGACCUUUCCAAAACCUUCAGUUCCAGCCAGAUUGAGCCUUUUGAUGUGUGUCCUGUCGUGUCAGAGCACCCAGCUGCACCCACGACCCAAUCUUUGGUACUGAAGACCGCCAUGAUGUACAUUUUACCAUGACCGCACAAAACAGAAUAUAUUUAGCAUCAGUUAGCAGUUAUUCUGGUGAUUUGCUGCCCCCUGUUUGUUGGGAUUGUGAAUUGUUACGUGUUGCUUUUUUUUUAAAGUGUUGAAAUGUUUAAUGAAAUUAUAGCAAACUAAUUGAUAAGUAACCAAUUUGAGGCAGAAUUUUAUCUUAAAUUCAAACCGUCUGUCCUCAGCUCACUGCUUGAAUCAUUUCACAGUUCAGUUUGAAUCUGUAGAGGAUUUUUUUUUUCAGCUGAUCGAUUGUUUAGGUUGUAAAAUCUCAGAAGAAAGUGACAAAAUAAUCCAAAUCAUUUCGACGGGUCUUCAAACAAUUUUUUUUUUUUAAGUUGCUAUCACUCAAAAAAUAUAACGAAUAACGUUAAGUUAAUUAAAUUAUAGCAGCUCAGAUGGAUUGACUGGAGAUUUUGGUGCAUUCAAAGUCAGUCAGACAAAUUCGGUUUUAGUUAAAAGUUAAGAGCAUUCAAGAUUUUAUUUGUUGAAAUUGUGACGGUCCUGUCUAUAUUAAACAUUUUUAUUUUACAUGGUCAUGUCAGUCAACAUCAAAUUUCAGCUCUUUCUCUCAGAACACUAAAGUAAAUCCACAUCAAAAUACUGCGUUGAUACUUCAUGAAAAUCAGCUCCAAACUAAAUCUGAAUUGAGGCUGUUGGAGAACAAAUGAAGCACAUAAACGGUGAUCCGAUCUGUCCUGUCGGCAACUGGUUCUGUUGGAAAGUGUCACAGGUUUCAGGAAGUCCUGCUCUGUUCUGUUCUGGUAUUAGUCGGCCAUGUUGGACGUCUAACAUGGUGUUUUUCUCUGUGUUUUUUUUGUUUUGUUUUGUUUUUGUUUUUUCAGGGGAGUCUUGGGUCGGGGGUUAAAAACUUGAAGCCAAAUUAUUAUUAAAAUGAAAAUCUGAUUUUAUUUUUCUUUCUUUUGAUUUCACACAGAAAAAGGGGGUCAAAGUGCCUCUGAUGUAACUAACACCACAGUUUGUGUAUGUGUGCGGGCAAACGUGCACAACCACACACACACGCGCGUGCACACGCCUUCUCUGAUGGACACACACAAAUGCGCACUUGGUUUAUUGGACCGUGAGAAGUCUGUGAGUGUUAAGAGUGGAGAGACGCUGUACUUCGUCAUGUUUCUGUAGCUUCUUCCAGAGCUUUCAACUCCUGAUCAUGACCUUCUUCAACCAGGAGUCAGCUCACCUGUCACAGAGUUGGUACGGAUGAAACGACAAGUGAGCUGACUCUUCGUCGAGACGGAGUUAUGACUGAAAAUGUCCAGAUGACACGAGCCAUCUUUUGAUUUCCACCAUCGUUCUGAUAGAACGCGUUUCUGUGAACUUCAGGAAAAAAAAUCAAACUUUAAUCUGGCGCCGUCUUCAAGAACGAACACGACGUUAAAGAACAAAGAUUUUUUUAACCUUCCACCCUCUGAAGUGACGAGCUUCACAGAGCUGGGUUCAGAUUCUCUCCAGACAAACUCUAAACUCUUCAGACAUGCGCUGAAAUGUUUUUUAACACACAUUAAAGUAUUUCGAAGUGUGUUUUCUCUGUGUGUGUGUGUGUGUGUGUGUGUGUGUGUCGGUUCACACUCUGGACUCAUGUGCAGCGUUUGUCAUCGUCCGUGUACUCUGUCUUGUCUCCGUGUUUAAGAAAAUGAAAUAAGUAAAUACAAACAAAUAUUCCUGAUGUUUAAAGAGAAAAACACUACAGUACAGAGAGAGAAUUGUAAAAUAAAAUGUUAUUGAAUGAUGUGCUACUAGACUUAUUUUGUUAAAAUUGUUUAGAGAUAUGAGAGGGAGCUAUGUAGAGGAGACAGUAUGAUGAAGAUGAUGAUGAUGAUGAUGUAUUGAUGCAUAUGCAGAGCAACGUUUGGAUUAAAGUUGUAGCAAGCUGACCCACCAAA